GCCGGGCCUUCCGGCUCGCGUGAGGCAGUUUCUGCGAACUUCAUUGCUCUGCCUUAAGAAUGAGAGGCUUAUGAGGAAUCAUGAAAUUGACAGUUGUAAAAAGGGGGAAAAGGUGGAAAUGCAGUGCUGAUACCCUUUGGCUGAAUCCUUGAUGCGAAGAUGAGCAAACUGAGGCUCAGAGUGGUCAAGUACCUUCCCAUGGUCACACAGUGGGUAAAUGGCGAAGCCAGGUGUUGAUCCUAUCCACUGAGCUGCAGCUGGCACUCUGGUGGAAGUGAACUUCCCAGAUCCUCGUGCCCAUCAUAAGUUACCCAUUUACACAACGCUGUAGUGGAGGCUGCAAUACUUCCACAAAGUGCUACCCUAUGGACAGGAAAUGUCAUAGUCACUCUGCUUUGAAACAGAGGAAGCAGGGCCUUAGAAAAAUGAAGUGAUCUGAAGGCCUCGUGAAACUUCAGCAUGUCUCCAGCUAACUCUACAAGCCACCAGCCUACUUGUUCACCACUGAGAGAAGUUCCUGUAUCAGGUGUCUGUCUUCUGAGGAGCAUGAAAAUGGACAGUGAUCAAGGAGAAAUUCCUCUUCAGAUCAGUUUUUUGCUCCUGUCACAUCUAAGGAGUAUGAAGUAGGCUGGUAAUUCAGUUCUAGAAGGAAACUGGAGUAUUAAAGAAGCAACCUGUUGUUGCAGUCACAUCAAACUUGGCUCUUCCGGUGGCAGUGAGAAGCUUCAGCAUGGGUAGGAUUUCCUCCUCACAGAGUGAACAAGACCCUGCUAAAGAGAAGAGACUCUUUCUUCCUCUCAGUACUUCUCCCUGGCAAUGUUUCUGUGGCUGUUAUGGAGGUGGACGUGGAUUUACAAAAGUCCUCCUGCAUAAAGUGGCAUUUCUACUGAACACCAGAGGAUCACAUGGAUACAGCUUGGGGACCCAGGAGCAUUUCAAGGCGCUCCAGCUGUGCUGCCUCUGCUGCGCGUCGGUCGCCGCAGCCUUAGCCAGUGACAGCAGCGGCGGUGGCGGCGGAUUAAACCAUGAUUACGUCUUUGUCACACCGGUAGAAGUGGACUCGGGCGGGUCAUAUAUUUCACACGACAUUUUGCACAACGGCAGGAAAAAGCGAUCGGCGCUGAGUGCCAGCAGCUCCCUGCAUUACCGAUUUUCAGCAUUUGGACAGGAACUACAUUUAGAACUUAAGCCCUCGGCGAUUUUGAGCAGUCACUUUAUUGUCCAGGUACUUGGAAAAGAUGGUGCUUCAGAGACUCGGGGACCCACGGUGCAGCGAUGUUUCUAUCAGGGAUUUAUCAGAAAUGACAGCUCCUCCUCUGUCGCUGUGUCUACGUGUGCCGGCUUGUCAGGUCUAAUAAGGACACGAAAAAACGAAUUCCUCAUCUCGCCAUUACCUCAGCUGCUGGCCCAGGAACACAACUACAGCUCACCUGCAGGCCACCAUCCUCACGUACUGUACAAAAGGACAGCCGAGGAGACUGUCCAGAGUUACCGUGGCUACCCGGGCUCCAGCCGGAAUUACCCUGGUCACAACCCAAGUAACACUCCCGCCACAUCUCAGAGUCAAGAAAGAGAACAUCACCAUCGAAGGUUGCAAAAGCAGCAUUUUUGUGGACGACGCAAGAAAUAUGCCCCCAAGCCUCCCACAGAGGACACCUAUCUCAGGUUUGAUGAAUACGGGAGCACGGGGAGGCCCAGAAGGUCAGCUGGAAAGUCAGCAACGGGCCUAAAUGUGGAGACCCUUGUGGUAGCAGACAGGAAAAUGGUGGAAAAGCACGGCAAGGCAAACGUCACCACGUACAUCCUCACAGUUAUGAACAUGGUUUCCAGCCUAUUUAAAGAUGGGACCAUUGGAAGUGAUAUAAACAUCGUUGUGGUGAGCCUCAUUCUUCUGGAACAAGACCCUGGAGGAUUAUUGAUCAACCAUCAUGCAGACCAGUCUCUGAACAGUUUUUGUCAGUGGCAGUCUGCCCUCAUUGGAAAGAACGGCAAGAGGCAUGACCACGCCAUCUUACUCACGGGAUUUGAUAUUUGUUCCUGGAAGAAUGAACCAUGUGACACGUUAGGGUUUGCCCCCAUCAGCGGAAUGUGCAGUAAGUACAGAAGUUGUACCAUCAAUGAGGACACGGGACUUGGCCUGGCCUUCACCAUUGCACAUGAGUCAGGGCACAACUUCGGCAUGAUUCACGACGGAGAAGGCAAUCCCUGCAGGAAGGCUGAAGGUAACAUCAUGUCUCCCACCCUGACCGGAAACAAUGGGGUGUUUUCAUGGUCCUCAUGCAGCCGGCAGUAUCUCAAGAAAUUCCUUAGUACACCUCAGGCUGGGUGUCUGGUGGAUGAGCCCAAGCAAACAGGACAGUAUAAAUAUCCGGACAAACUACCAGGACAGAUUUAUGAUGCUGACACACAGUGCAAGUGGCAAUUUGGAGCAAAAGCCAAGUUAUGCAGCCUUGGUUUUGUGAAGGACAUUUGCAAAUCACUUUGGUGCCACCGACUGGGCCACAGGUGUGAGACCAAGUUUAUGCCAGCAGCAGAAGGGACCGUUUGUGGCUUGAGUAUGUGGUGUCGGCAAGGCCAGUGUGUGAAGUUCGGGGAGCAUGGGCCCCGGCCCAUCCACGGCCAGUGGUCUGCCUGGUCGAAGUGGUCAGACUGUUCCAGAACUUGUGGUGGAGGCGUCAGAUAUCAAGAGAGACACUGCAAUAACCCCAAGCCUCAGUAUGGUGGCAAGUUCUGUCCAGGUUCUAGCCGUAUUUAUCAGCUGUGCAAUAUCAACCCCUGUAAUGAAAACAGUUUGGACUUUCGAGCCCAGCAGUGCGCAGAAUACAACAGCAAACCUUUCCGUGGAUGGUUCUACCAGUGGAAGCCCUACACGGAAGUGGAAGAGGAAGAUCGAUGUAGACUGUACUGCAAGGCUGAGAACUUUGAAUUUUUUUUUGCCAUGUCCGGCAAGGUGAAAGACGGAACUCCUUGCUCCCCAAACAAAAAUGAUGUUUGUAUUGAUGGGAUUUGUGAACCAGUGGGAUGCGAUCAUGAACUCGGCUCUAAAGCAGUUUUCGAUGCAUGUGGUGUUUGCAAAGGUGAUAAUUCGACCUGCAAGUUUUAUAAAGGCCUAUACCUCAACCAGCAUAAAGCAAAUGAAUAUUAUCCAGUAGUCAUCAUUCCAGCGGGGGCCCGAAGCAUUGAGAUCCAGGAACUACAGAUAUCCUCCAGUUACCUCGCAGUCCGAAGCCUUCAUCAAAAAUACUACCUAACAGGGGGCUGGAGCAUCGACUGGCCUGGGGAGUUCUCCUUCGCGGGGACCGUGUUCGAGUACCAGCGUGCCUUUAACCGCCCGGAACGUCUGUAUGCGCCAGGGCCCACAAACGAGACGCUGGUCUUUGAAAUUCUGAUGCAAGGCAAAAAUCCAGGCAUAGCUUGGAAGUAUGCACUUCCCAAGGUCAUGAGUGGAAGUCAGCCAGCCACAGAAAGACACAUCCAUGCCUGGAGCACAGUACAUUCGAACUGCUCCGUCUCCUGCGGUGGAGGUUAUAUAAGUGUAAAGGCCAUUUGCUUACGAGAUCAAAAUACUCAAGUCAAUUCCUCAUUCUGCAAUGCAAGAACCAAGCCAGCAACUGAACCCAAAGUAUGCAAUGCUUUCUCCUGCCCUGCCUAUUGGAAGCCAGGUGAAUGGAGCGUGUGCAGCAGGUCAUGUGCGAGGGGCCAGCAGAGCCGGAAAAUCCAGUGUGUCCAGAAGAAGCCCUUCCAAAAGGAGGUGGCCGUCCUGCAUUCGCUCUGCCCGGUGAGCACACCCACGCAAGUUCAAUUCUGCAACAGCCAUGCCUGCCCUCCAGGGUGGAGCCUCGGGCCCUGGUCUCAGUGUUCCAAGACCUGUGGGCGAGGGGUGAGGAAACGCGAAAUCCUGUGUAAAAGCUCUGCCGCGGGAGAAGGCCUCCCUGACAGCCUGUGCUCCAGCACCCCGAGACCAGAGGCGCAGGAGGGCUGCGUCCUAGGACGAUGCCCCAGAAACAACCGGCUGCAGUGGGUCGUCUCUUCCUGGAGUGAGUGUUCUGUCACCUGUGGUCUGGGUGUGAGGAAGAGGCAAAUGAAAUGCAACGAGAAGGCCUUCCAGGGAAAGCUGAUAACUUUCCCGGAGCGAAGGUGCCGUAAUAUUAAGAAACCAAACCUGGACUUGGAAGAAACCUGCAACCGAGGGGCCUGUCCAGUCCGUCCAGUGUACAGUGUGGCAGCUGGAUGGUAUUCAUCACCGUGGCAACAGUGCACGGUGACCUGUGGGGGAGGGGUUCAGACCCGAUCCGUCCACUGUGUGCAGCAGGGCCGGCCUUCCUCAAGUUGUCUGCUCCAACAGAAACCUCCGGUGCUACGGGCUUGUAAUACCAACUUUUGUCCAGCUCCUGAAAAGAGAGAGGAUCCAUCCUGUGUAGAUUUCUUCAGCUGGUGUCAUCUAGUUCCUCAGCACGGUGUCUGCAACCACAAAUUUUAUGGUAAACAGUGCUGCAAGUCAUGCACAAGGAAGAGCUGAUGCCCUCUCAGCACCUUCAGGCCAGGUCUUACCUCUCAACCUCUGGACAUACCAGCCAUCUUUCGGACUGAAAGCUGAAGACUGCAGCAGCUCGCAAGUGGCUUGGAGUGUGAGGACUCAGCUCUGCAGCACAGACACGCUUCUUAGUCCCCAAAGCACAUGGUACUCCGAAGCACUUGAAAAUGGGAAGCGAUGACAAAUCUGACUUAAAAAGAAAACAACAUUAAUUUGCACUGUCACACGAAAGAAGUGAUGAAUCACACUGAGACACGUCAACUUUGGGACAGACCCCCUUCCGAAUCUGAAAGGGCUCCAUGGCAAAGACAUCUGUUUAGAAAAGGUCCUUUAAGACUUUAGGUCACAGACAGAGCUGGAAGAAUCAAAUGUGGAUGGAACGUUUACUUGGAGCUCACAGUCUGACAAACUAGAUGACCCAAACCAGGAUAUACAGGAAGCCAAAUGGUGCUCACAAUUGUGCUUGCUGCUGGACUAGCAAGCUUCAUGUUAUGUUUAUUUAGUGUGCGUGCAUUGUUUUUAUUAUUUUGUUAAAAGUAUAUUCUGCUUAUAGAAAGUCUCCAAGACUAAAAUUCACAACUUGAAAAGUGUUCCAAGGCAUAUUCUGAAAACAGAGCAACAUGGACUAUUUAAGAUCUCCAUUUAAUUGAAAUUCACACCCUCGGGGGAAAACUCCUAAGAAAGGCAAAUAUGCCCGACACAUUAUAUGGACCUCGGAACUUUUGGUGCUAGCUGAACAAGUAGACGGGAUCCUUGAGUCUGAUUCCUUUGAGAAUCAGAAUUGGUGAGACGUCCAUUUCUGGUAAAAAUCUAAGGAGUUAAAUAGCAGUGUGUUAACAGAAGGAACAUCAUUUGUAAUGCUCCCUACAUAUUAUCAGAGCUGCUUAGGAAAUUAAAGGCCACUUGUGGUUUUUUUCCUAUCAACUGAUAUGUUUAAAUUUGCCCUAGAAUUUAGUUAACAAGCAAAAAAGUCACAGUGGCAAUAGAAAACUCCAUCUGUCUUCCUACUAUGCUAAUAUUAAUAAAUCAUAAUAUGCCAAGACCCUUCAAUGAAUAAGAGUAUUUUACAGUCUCAGAUGAUAUUUUCAGUCUUCAAAAGCCAGUUGUUGGUUGGCACUAAUGAGCUUAAAAUUGUUCUCAAUUGGAAAAACACUGCACUAUUUUGCCAAAACCAAAGUAACUUACAAGACUGUGUCCUUCUGUAAUUUUUUGAGUCAUGGUUAUAAAAGACAUAUUUAUAUAAUUCUACUGUAUUCAAUUUCUUUGAUGAAUGUAACCCAAUUUUAGUGCUUUAAAAAGUCUCAAUUCAAAUGGAUUUGCUGGCUCAGCACAACCAACUAGACAGCGGUUUGUUAAAUUUAGAGCAUCCUUGGUUCCCAUUCUAAUUAAAAUCAUGCAUUCCCAAGUCUCCGAGAAAUCAUUAGACUGUUUUCUCAACCUACUUGUCUUGGCCUAGAGUAGUGGUCAUUUUAUCAGAAAAAAAGAGUUCUACAUCACCAUCCCCUUGCCCUCUGAAAAACUGCAAGUUAUUUGUACUUUAUAUAAUUAUCAUUUUAUUUUAUGGAAAAUUAAUUUAUUACUUAAUAGCUUAUUGUUAUGUGUUCUCACUUGCUUCCCUGAGUAAGUGAUAAUAAUUCUGAGGAAAAGUGUUGAAUAAAACCAUGGGUUAUAGAGAAAAGUCAAAAUAUAUGUGUAAUAUUUAAUUAUUUUAUAAGUUUAUAAUAAAGUGUUGUUUCUUUAUCUUUGAAA